AUGAGCUCUCAGCACGUGCUUCGACGCAUUAUUCUCCAGCAACGACCUCCUACAUGGCCGCCACCACUACGAACGUAUUCUUCGGUGGAGCUCAAAACGGCCGUGCAAAUGGAAAUCAGUUGUCGAGGCAGUGUUGGUGCAGCAAAGGCUGCCGUCUUUCGUCGAGACAUGAUUUUAGCAACCAGAGACAACGUCGACGACACGUACGGAGAGCACUUGCGUAAACUGAAUGCGGUGCCGUACCGCAGCGAAUAG